AAAAUAUAAAGGGACCAUGCAUUUAAUGGUUGCUAUUUGCUAUAUUUAUUCGAUCAAGUUUUUAGGUUUUGGCAUAUGAAUGUGUAUUAAAAAAAUUAUGGAUUUUAUUAAAAAAAUAUGAUAUGAGUAGCAUUGAUGUUGAAGAAAUUUUAAGACGACUAUCGGCCAAAUUCAAUCGAAUAUUUUGUGACAGAGAAUUUGUUUGUUGUGUAAACGAAGAUCUUCAAGUCCUUCUCAGAAACAAAAAUAAAUGCUGUGUUGUGGUCUUUCCUGUGCUGGGACCAAACUAUCUGAAGGCAGUAAGAUAUCAGGCAAAGAUUUUUGACCUUUCAGUGUUCACCUUGGGUUCUGAGCAAAUCUGUUCUAUUGCAGUAUGCCACACAGAACAUUUGAUAAAAUUUGAGGAAUCUGAGGAACAGAUAAUGCCCAAAAGGGAACAAGAAGUUGGAGGUAGCAAAUUGAGAAAGAAAAGACCAGAGCGCCCUUUGUAUGUACCUCCUGCACAGAGAAGAGUGCCUGCUCAUGAGAUACCAGUACAAAAUAAUGUCAAAGCUGAUUUUGACAAUAAUGUGAAAAUCAAAAAAAAUAUUUCUACAAUAAGGAAGGAAACCACAGAGAAAACAAAAGUGAAAACUAUAAAUGAGGAUAAGAAUGAAAAUUUCACAAAUAUUGAUGCAAAAUAUUUUGAAAGCUAUGCUCUUGAGAAAAGUUUUAAUGAUUUAUCAAUGGAUUCAUUUCUCCAGUGGAAAUAUGAGUUGUCUGAAGCUGUUAUGAAUUCUGUACAUUUCACCAUCUGGCAAACCUUCAGGCACUGUUUGAGGAAAUGGAGCCUAUACAGUUGUCCAAAUCCAAAAGUAUUGUAUGUUUUAAGAAAUCACUAUUGUUUGUGGCAACCAGCAAUGAGUAUUAGACACAGUGGAUAUGAAAGGUGUGCCAAUGUUACAGUUAUUCCUUCCAUGAAUUUUGAAUUAUUUGAUAUUCAGUGCAAUGAUAAUAGGAAAAUGAUUUCAAUAUUAGUAAAACCAAUCUUCCAGAAAACAUAUGAAGUUAUGUUGAAGGAUAUUGAUGUAUUUUGUGAUUUUAAUGUGUUGUGGAUUAGAAAUGGGAUUUUAGAUGUUGAGUCAUUGAAUUCGUGUGGUGAAUUUUAUUAUUUAAUCAGAAACAGUCCUGAGUGCAAUGAUGUCCUCAUGGAGAAAAUAUUCAAUUAUUUGGAUAGUCAACUUGACUCGGACCAAAUUCCUGAAACUUCAAGUAGUCAACUUGACUCGGACCAAAUUCCUGAAACUCCAAGUGAUCAUUUUGAACGCAUUUCUUAUGCAAGUGAUAACACGAUACCUCUAUCAGUGACGAAUACUGUGUCGAUUGAAGAAAAUUCUGUGACUGAGGAAAUGAAAAAGGAGCCAUUUGAAUUGGAAAAAUCAAAUUUAGUAUAUACAAGUAACUCUGAGCAAUUCAAUGAAAGUGAUAUAUCUUCUUUACAAACAAAUAAUAUUAUGAACAAUGUUACAAAUUUAAGUACCUCAAAUGAAAAUAUGAAAAGUUCUAACGAACUGGAUGAAGAGAAAGAGAUAAUGAGAAAAGCUAAAGAAAAUAUUAAUCGAAAAACCCGUCCAAUUAUGAAAUAUGUUGAAGCUAACAAUACAUUGAAAAUAGACAAAAACGAGAAUGUCAAUCACUGGGAAGAUCUGUUUGAUGAACAUGGACACUUGCAAGAAGAUUUACUCAAAGAGAUCGUUCAUAAAGUUGGCAGUGAUGUAACUAUUGUCAAAGCAAAAGAAGACUAUUCGGAUUACUUCACGAAGCAAAUUGAGGAAUUGGAGCACAUGGUAGAACUCUUCGAUUUUCCAUCAACUUUCGAAACUCACGAUUUAAUUCAAGCAUUUAGUGAUAUCAAAAGUGAGGCGAUGUACGUCAAAUGGGUUGACGACACCCAUGCGUUACUUGUUCUCGGCUCUCUUAGUCAGGCACAAAAAGCCAUAUCCAUUGGACAUCCAUUGAUCAAUGUGCGCCCCAUGACAGCUGCCAGCAGAGAAUCUCUUGCCACUGCUUAUAAGCACGACUUGAGGCCUGCCAUGAAAAGGCCGCAAACUAACCUACAGACUGCGAGGAGAUUGAUUACUAGUCACCUCGGGACGAAAACUAGUGUAAGCAAAGAGAGGAGUGCAAAGGAAAGGGACGAUCUGAGAGCUGCAAAAGAAAUGAAAAAACUAGUCAAGAAGAAUGAGCAAGAUGCUUGGGAAGGAAAUCUUCGUUCAUCGAAAACGAAAUAACACUCAAUUUUGUUAAACUUGUGCCUUAAUAUUUGCAUUUUGGACGUGCAAUGUUCUCAAUUGAAUGUUUGCAUCUUUUUAUGAUAUACCUACGUUCAUUGUCUUCAUGUUUACAUGAUGAUAUUUACCUCAAAAAUCAUGUUCAUGCAAUUGUCUUCAUGUGUACACAAUGGUAUAAAAAAUUAUGUUCAUGCAAUUUACCUGACUAGGAAAUAACAAAUAAAUGUAUAUUUUUGUUUUC